AUGGGAGGGUUGUUAACUGCAUACGAUUGGCUAAGGAAUGCCUACAACAAAACUUGGGGAGCAACACUUCCCAAGCACUUGCAGUUGAGAGUUUUUUCUGGAGAGCGGGGCAGACCACGACUUCAAAUACCGUUCGAACAGCUGGAAUUUUUAUUGGAAAAAAAAUUCAAGAUUGAUGAAAUUGCAAAAUUAUUCAGCACCAGUAAACGUACAGUUGAAAGGCAUAUGAGUGACAUCAGGCUGUCUGCCUCAAGUGUUUAUACUUAUUUAUCCGAUCAACAAUUACAUGCAUUAAUAACUGACAUUCAAAGAGAUUUUCCAAAUGUUGGUUGCAAGAGAGUAACUGGUCUUCUGAGGGCGAGGGGUGUCUACAUGCAGCAGGCCCGUAUCCGUCAAUCCAUGCGCAGAGUCGAUCCUGAAGGAAUCCUCCUACGAGCACUUGAAAUGAGCAUCAUUCGGCGAAGACGUUACAAUGUUGCUGGCCCUCUUUCCUUAUGGCAUAUUGAUGGAAACCACAAAUUAAUACG